ACAUGCUUUGAAUGUAAAAUGUCUAUAUCAGAGGAAUAGAUUUAGCAAUUCUCCUCUGUCUCUCUCUCCUAUCUCUUUCCCCCGUCUCCUCUCUCUCACGCUGAUGUCCGCUGUUGGUGUCUGUCUGUAGCGCUUUCCAUUUGUUUCUCAAAGGAGAGAAGAGGAGAGCCGGAGCGUCAGCACUGGUUUUUCUCGUCGCAGUAGAGGCACUCUUCACCUCCCGUCGCAGCAGCAGCCUCAUGCUAUUCUCGUAGCCUUUGACGCUGUCUCCCCUCCUUGCCCGCCAACGCUCCUGUGAAGGUCCUUCAUAGCUCGCCUCCACGCAGCGGCCUUUACCUUCGAUUUCAGAGUAGCAAACACUACUGACUCACAGUUGGCCAAUUUGCUGCUGGAUUGCCCACCAUUGUGAGGUAUAAUGAUUGUCUGCGUAGCAGUAGUUGGACACCAAAACAAUCCUCUCUACCUUCAAAGUUUUACAGAUGCAGACGAUGCCCUCAAAUUGCAUCACAUCGUUCACUGCUCCCUUGAUGUCAUUGAUGAGAGAGUAAACAACCCGAAGAAAGCUGGUUCCACAUUUAAUGAGACAUUCCUUGGCCUUCUUUAUCCAACUGAGAAUUAUAAAGUGUAUGGAUACCUGACAAACACAAAGGUGAAAUUUAUGCUAGUUACAACCGACCUGGAUGUUAGAGAUGCUGAUGUGAGGAAUUUCUUCAGGAAGUUUCACUCAGCAUAUGUAGAUGCCGUUUCCAAUCCUUUUCAUGUACCUGGGAAAAAAAUCUCUUCUGCAACUUUUGCAGAUAGAGUCAGCACCAUUGUCAAGUCAUUUGGUUCAACUGCUGCUGUGUAAAUUACAUUGUCUCCUAGCGUGUGCAUGUUCAAAGGCGUUGUAUUUUUGAAUCUUUAUCCGAAAGCAAUCAUGAUUGGAGAAAAAAAAUAUUCGUUUGAACA